AUGGUCAAACCUCUGCUCAAAAUACAUCGUUACUUUUGUCGAAAACCAGUGCGUUUCUUCUCACUCAUCCUGCUGUAUCUGACGGCAGGGAGCCUGGUCUUCCUCCAUUCUGGAAUUAUGUGGGACAGUCCCGGCUCCAGCAGAGGGGACGCCCACGGGGACUCUGUGGUUGCCGCGGAAAUGGCAAGCAGGACGGCCGUUUUGCACGUCCGCGGACUAGGGCUGAUGAGCAGAGUGUUUAAUAAAGAGAACAGGAAGGCUGGGGGUCGUCGUUAUGGUUCUGCCUGGAAGAAGCAUGACCGAGGAGAGGCGGGGGGUAAAGACUACACCAGCAACUGGAACAGGGCACUUAAAGGACGCAACGCCAAAGAGAUGGAGGAUGGAAGAGCAAAGUACACCGGCUGCUAUGUGGACGACACACAGAAGAGAGCUCUGCGCGGAGUUUCCUUUUUCGACUACAAAAAAAUGACAGUAUUCCGUUGCCAGGACAACUGUGCAGAAAGAGGUUACAUGUUUGCGGGCUUAGAGUUUGGGGCAGAGUGUUAUUGCGGUCACAAGAUACAAGCAGCCAACGCUUCUGAGUCUGAAUGCAACAUGCAGUGUAAGGGCGAGAAGAACAACCUGUGUGGAGGAGCCAACCGCCUGUCCAUCUACCGACUGGAGCUGAGCCAGGAGUCUGCACGCCGCUACGGUAGUGCCAUUUUCAAGGGCUGUUUCCACCGGCCGGACAAUGUCACUCUGGCCCUUCCCUUCAGCACUGUCAUCCAAAAUAUGUCUGUGGACAAGUGUGUGGACACGUGCACAGAGAGGGAGACAACCCUGGCUGUUUUGGCUGGAAAGCGCUGUCACUGUGGUUUUCCCACUCCACUCUUCCCACUUCACGACCUGGAGGAGGAGGAUCUGUGCCUCCACCGCUGCCAGGGCGAGGAGUUCGAGAGCUGUGGGAAUGAGGAUUACUUUGUGGUCUAUCAGACACAGGUGCAAGAUAACCGCUGCAUGGACCGCCACUUUCUUCCCACUCGCUCCAAGCAGCUGUUUGCGUUGAGCAGUUUUCCCGGAGCUGGCAACACGUGGGCGCGUCACCUGAUCGAGCUUGCCACUGGGUUUUACACUGGAAGCUACUACUUUGACGGCUCCCUCUAUAAUAAAGGGUUCAAAGGAGAGCGAGACCACUGGAGAAGCGGACGCACAAUCUGCAUCAAGACUCAUGAGAGCGGCAAGAAAGAGAUUGAAGCCUUUGACGGUGGGAUCCUCAUGAUGCGCAGCCCCUACAAGGCUCUUAUGGCGGAGUUCAACCGCAAGUACGGAGGGCACAUCGGGUUUGCCUCUCAAGCCCACUGGAAAGGGAAAGAGUGGCCUGAGUUUGUGAAGAACUACGCCCCCUGGUGGGCCUCGCACACGCUGGACUGGCUGCAGUUUGGCCGGCGGGUGCAUGUGGUCCACUUUGAGGAGCUGAAGAGGGACCUGUUCGCUCGGCUCAAAGGCAUGGUGCAGUUCCUGGGCCUGGAAGUGUCCGAGGAGCGGUUGCUCUGUGUGGAGGGGCAGAAGGAUGGGAACUUCAAGCGCUCUGGACUUCGCAAACUGGAGUACGACCCUUACACGCCGGAGAUGAGGGUGCACAUAGAUGAGCUCAUUCAAACUGUGGACGCAGCGCUGAAGAAAAGGAACAUGUCCGGGGUUCCUGAUGAGUACAGGCCCAGAUGA